AUGUCGUGGACCCAAAGAUCAAAUCCGUAUGAUGCAUUCGCUCAAGAAGCAACUCAGACACCGCUCGCAGUUGCUUUUCCACAAUGGAUGCUCAAUAUUUGGGAAAUAACCCAUGAUCAUCCUGAAGGUCGCUGGUACAUUGAACCCAACGCUCGAUGUCUACGACAAAAAGCGAGUUUAAGAAUUGUCUUUGCACCUCUUGAUCUCCCCCGUAGAGAUGCGCUUUCUCAAUGCAUUGAGCUCUUCAACAUACUCAACAUCCCAAGCGACUUUACAAAAGAACGUCUCCAGUCCGUAAGCCACAGCUUCGGAAGGGCCACCGAUAAUCAUGGCUCCAGCUCCUGGUUCCACUUCCUCUGCAAGAACAUUGACGUGAAGCAAGCCCCCGGCAGCGCCCCUGAAGUAGACAACCGCGCUGCUGCCAUGGGAUACCACACUUCGACUCUCCCGCAGGCGGACUACAGUUGGCACCGAGCGGGCUUUUUUCUGCGUGUGGAGAAUAGCGGGAGUACUACGCUGGUCUGCUUCGGAGCCACGCCUAGAUUGAGGCAGAGGAUUAACGAGUUUGUUGCCGCAAAGGCGUGGCAGCAUGUGUCCACGGAUCCUUAUAUCCUGUUUGAUCUUAUCUUUGAUGCGCUCUACUUUGAAGUUGACGAUACUGUCUGGAAGAUGAACACCAUCUUUGGUCCUCUAGAACAUUUGAUCCUCGAAUAUUCCAACUCAAAAAACGUCCGCAAGAUGAGCUCCAAAGUUCCCUUCUCUGCCAUGCAUAACUGCGCCAAACACAUCAUUCACAUAGGCGAAGCAAUCGAAUCGUGCAUUAUGCUUGUAGAUGCAACACUUCACAACGUAGGCAAUCAUAGCCACGCAGAACAGCCUACAACUCGAGAGCCAGUGCUCAAACAACUACGUGAAACUCUCCAGUACAGACGUUCCUUGUUCAUGUCUAGUCAAUUACGACUGAGUAGUCUGCAAAAGCGCAUCGACAACGCAAUCACACUGUCUUUCAACCUCGUCACCCAACAGGAUUCAAUGGUCAUGAUUCAAGACUCCAACUCUAUGAAGGUCAUCGCUGCCAUCACCAUGAUAUUUCUGCCUACGACUGGUGUUGCCACGGUUAUCGGGUCGCAGCUGUUUUCGUCCGAGAUUCACAAGGAUGGUGAGGCUUGGGACAUCCGGCUUACGCCUUUGUUCUGGACCAUGUGGUGGAUCGCCAUCCCUUUGACUGUUUUUGUUGUUCUUUUGGCGAUCAUUUGGCACUGGUGGGUACAUACUGAGUCUACUACCGGGGAGGUGGUUCAGGUGGUUAAGAGGGCUGCCACUUUCAGUUCCUCUGGGACAAGGACACCUCCCAACAACAAAUAA